GGGAAAAUCAACAAAAUGAACACCGAAAUAAACUGUUUAAGGGAUGAAAUAGGUCAAUUGAAAGGUGCAAUAAACGCUAGUAAUGUACACGCGAAAGUGGUUGAUGUAAUAGGAUUAACCCCAGGCAACACUCAAUGUAGCCCAAUAGCCAAUAAUGUGAUCUCAGUCGACAAAGGCCCAUGUACGAAUGUCGGUGAAACAACGGGAUUACGCCCACGAAACAUUUUGUGUAUCACUAAGGACACACACUCAGUUAAAAACAUUCGGGAUAUUAACGAGGUCACGCAAACCUUACUGCGCCAUUCGACAAAUGUAAACAA